AUGACUACAGUUUCGUUUAAAGAGAAAAUCAAAGGCAUAGGCGGCGAUGCAUCGUACGAGGCGAAAGCUCGCGUCUUUCAGGAACAACUUGAAGCCAAGAUUCCAGCGAGUCUCAGACUCUCAUCAGCGAUUCUUGAGGACCCGCCUCUUAAUGUUACUCACAUCCCCAAGACCUGUGGCUUGCUCACCUCCCAAGAACUAGCUAUCACCGAGCUAGAUGCAACUGCUGUGUGCCAAAGGAUCGCUGCAGGCGAGCUGACUGCAGUUGAUGCUGUCACUGCCUUUGGAAAACGCGCAGCUAUCGCUCAUCAGCUCACAGCUUGUCUCAUCGACUUCUUCCUCGAUGAAGGCAUAAAACAGGCGCAACAGCUGGACGAGUACUUCCGGAAGGAAGGCAAGGUCAUUGGGCCACUGCAUGGAUUGCCAAUUUCAAUCAAAGUAAAUGACCACCGUCAGGGCAUGCUUCCGGUCAAGGGCACAGUUGGGUCUGCAGGCUUCCUCAUGAACAUCGAGACUGCGACCGAAGACUGCGAUAUGACAAAAAUUCUGCGUUCACUAGGGGCAGUCUUCUACGUCAAGACGAAUCAGCCGCAGACUUUGAUGCACCUUGAGUCCAGGUCUACCUACGGCCGAGUUUUGAAUCCCUACAAUACGGAUCUUACUGCAGGAGGAUCUUCUGGCGGUGAAUCAGCCCUUGUUGCCAUGAAGGGCUCUUGCAUAGGUGUGGGCACCGAUGGCGGGGGAUCCAUUCGAGCCCCAUCCGCCCAUUGUGGUAUAUAUGGGUUCCGUCCAUCUUGUCGGACAACGCCUCUCCAUGGGAUCCUAUGGUAUCAACCUGGCCAGGACGGAUUCUUUAGUUCUGCAGGUCCAAUGUGUUGCUCAGCACGAGACAUGCGACUUUUCCUUGAAGCUGUACUUGGAGCCAAUCCUGCACUCCUGGAUCCAGAUGCGUUGCCAGUGCCACUGAAAGUGCCAGACCUGACCAAAAAGAAAUUGCGUGUGGGAAUCAUGAUGCACGACGGGGUUGUGAUGCCCCAUCCCCCGACCAUUCGAGCACUGAAAUGGGCGAAGGCAAAGCUGGAAGCCUCGUCAGAGGUUGAGGUGAUUGAUUACUCUCCAUAUGACCACGAUCGUGGAUACAGCAUAGUUCGCGAGCUCUACUUUGAGGAUGGAGGAGCCACGGUUCGACGCCUUCUGAAGGAAAGUGGAGAAGAGAUGCAUCCCCUGACAGAGUGGGUUAUUAGUCCACCACACGUGAGAGAUCAUGAUGCUGCAGAAGUUUGGAAGCUGCGUGAUGAACGUGAUAAAUAUAGGAGGGAAUACUCUGAUUACUGGUGGUCCCAAAACGUCGAUGUCGUCCUUUGUCCACCCUUCCCAGGUACAGCCAGCCGUCAUGACACUGCAAAAUACUGGGGCUACACGGCCAUCUGGAAUUUGCUGGACUACCCUGGAACGGUUUUCCCGUCAGGUUUCGUCGCUGACCCAGCCAUUGACAUAUAUCAGGAGCUACCCAGCCCGAUGAGCGCGGCGGACGAGUACAACCUCUCCCUCUAUGAUGCAACGAAAUUCAAAGGGGCUCCUGUAUCGCUGCAGAUCGUGAGCCGCAUAUACAACGACGGUUUAGUGCUGGCUGCACAGGAAGUAGUUGAACGCAUACUCAAAUCUUAGGCAGGCUAGGGCCCACAUCAUAUGCAAUUUUAUCAUGCCUUCCGGUGACAACUGGAGCUUGUCUGGAUCGUUAUUGUAAUCAUCUAUGUCCACCUCCCAUAUACUAGUUUUGCUGAGUUCAUUCAUGUCGAAACCUUCUGCACUCAUAUCAAGAACAGAUAAUACGAGUAUGAUAACACGAUCCCCAACUCCCACAAAGUGUAGGAGUUGAUUAUCUCUGUGUAAGUUG